UCAAAAAAAUAAAUAAAUAAAGAGUCAAGUUGCAAGCCAUGAACUAAAAUCAAGUUCCUCUCAUAUACGAUAAGAAAAAUCCCAGAAUCAUUAAGAAAGAUGGAAGCUUUCAUAACAAUGUCACGAUCACUUUCUGUAUUUUUUGUUAUUCUUGGCAUUCUAAGCCACGGAACCGAAGCUGUCUUAACCCCGAGCAAACACAACUGCAGCAAUACCACUUUCACCCCAAAUAGUACGUACCAUAUUAAUCUUGAUUCUGUCCUUUCUUCACUUCGGUCAAAAUCAAAUGCUACCAGAGAAAAUGGGUUCUACAAUUCCUCUGCAGGCAAUACUUCCGGAGCCAAAGUCUAUGGCAGCUUUCUCUGCAGAGGAGAUCUCAGUCCCCAGGAGUGUCAAGAAUGUGUGGAUACCGUCACUGAAAUUAUUACCCAGAUAUGCCCUGGGAAGAAAGAAGCCAUCAUUUGGUACGACCAGUGUAUGAUACGUUACUCCAACAAAUCUUUCUUCUCCAUUAUGGAAUAUGAGCCUUUCCUUCAUGAGGCAAAUGGAGAGAAUAACAAAGAACCAAAUGGCUUCAUGGAUGUGUUGAACAAAACAAUGAACAAUAUGGUGUCUAAGGUGGUCCGACGUUAUAGGAAAUCAUCUGUAGCUAAAUAUGCAACUACAGACGCCAAAUUCCAAGGAAAUCCAAUCUACAGAUUUGCACAGUGCACUCCAGAUAUCUCUGCAGAUGAUUGUCGCAAGUGUCUUUAUAAAGCUAUUUUAAGUCUUGGCAACCAUUGCUGGGGAAAAAUUGGCUGUAGAAUUCUGAUGCCCAAUUGCUUUGUUAGGUAUGAGAAAUACCCAUUCUACACCAGCAGUCCAAAAGAUAAAUGGCGACAAAUUGUGGCUAUUGUUACUUCAACUGUCAUUUCCGCGUUGGUUUCCUUAUCAAUCUACUUGUUCUUUAAGAUGUCAAAAAAAGUGAAGAAGGAUGCUAUAAAUGAAAAAACUGCUUGCAGUGAACUUUCAACAAUGGAUUACUCAUCAAAUUUUAGUUUGAGUAUAAUUGAAGCUGCAACAAAUAACUUCUCAGACGGUAACAAGCUAGGUGAAGGGGGAUUUGGUGCAGUGUACAGGGGUAAAUUAGAAGGUGGCAAAGAAAUUGCAGUUAAGAGGCUAUCGAGAACUUCCGGUCAAGGACACCAAGAAUUCAUGAACGAAGUCACAUUAAUUGCGAAAUUGCAACACAGAAAUCUUGUCAGACUUCUGGGAUAUUGCUUAGAGCAAAAUGAAAAGUUGCUCGUCUAUGAGUACAUGCCCAACAAAAGCCUUGAUGUCUUUCUUUUUGAUACAAGUACGAGUGUGCAACUUAAUUAUAAAAGACGUCUUACCAUUAUUAAUGGAGUUGCUAGAGGCCUCCUAUAUUUACACGAAGAUUCUCGAUUUAAAAUUAUUCAUAGAGAUCUUAAAGCUAGUAAUAUUCUACUUGAUUAUGAGAUGAAUCCGAAGAUAUCAGAUUUUGGAAUGGCAAUGAUUUUUUUUGGAAAUGAAAGCAAAGAGCUUACAGAUAGAAUUGUUGGAACAUAUGGAUACUUGGCUCCAGAAUAUGCUACGGAAGGAUUGUUUUCGGUAAAAUCUGAUGUUUACAGCUUUGGAGUUCUCCUAUUAGAGAUAAUUAGUGGAAAAAGGAAUGAUCGCUUUUACUUUUCAGAAAAGGGAGAAAGUCUCCCCACUUUUGCAUGGAAGAUGUGGUCUAAAGGGCAAGGAAUGGAGUUAAUAGACUCAUUACUUGCGAAGUCAAAUGUGGCGGCACCUGAGGUCUUGAAGUACAUCCACAUUGGAUUGUUGUGUGUACAAGACGACCCAGCACAGAGACCUACAAUGUCAUCUGUUGUUGUUAUGUUGGGAAGCGAAAUAGCAACAUUUCCUCAGCCUACAAAACCUGUAUUUGUUGCAGGAUCAGCUUCAUCUUCACAUCCAAAAUUCUGUUCUGAUAAUGCGGUAACUCUUUCAAAUAUAUCACCUCGUUAAUUCUUUGCAAAUCUGUUCAAAUGUAUUCAUGUCAAUAUAAAACACAAUUUCUAUUUACAACUAAAACUAGUAACUGUAAACUAAACACGGGUGUGGCUGUAAAGAUCCUUUUUCGCAGAAAGAAGAUAUCAUACCCUAUCUUUGUAGAUUGACCAACAGUAACAGCAGGUCCAAUAACGGCUCCUGAUCCAACAUGAACAUUCUCAUCCAGUACAGCUUUGGAAUGAACUGUUUUCUAUAAUUGCUGUUGGGUUCUGUAGAGAUAAUUUAUGCUUGAUUUUAGCGCUUGAUUUUAGGGAUCUAUUGGCUUGUUUUUAGUAAUCUUUGUAAAAUAGGAAUUUGCAAUUUGAGUCCCUGAUUGUAGGGUCAAUAGCUAAAAAUUAGCUCCUA